GGAUGAGUUCGAUUCUGCAUUUCUUAUCCUUGGCAACUCAAGCUGGAGCACACAAGCCUCCUUGGCCCUCGUCUUCAAUGGAGACCAUCAAAUCAACCUUCCCAAUUUUCAUGACCAACCCAGCCUUGUUACCAACCAAACUUCUCAGGCCUUUCAGCUUCAAAGUUUCGAUCAAACCCCCACCUCCAGAUUUCAAUUACAAGCUGCAAAUUUCCGACCAGUCCAGAGCCGCGAUUGCUGAGUCUCAUCCCGAGUUACUCGAUUUAGCCGACAGUGGGGACUUGCUUUUGAUUCAGAAGAAGCAGUUUGGUCCUGUUCCUCCAUGGAGGUCGGAGUUUGUGGAGCCUGAGGCGAUCUGGUUGCUCGGAACUACUCACAUUUCUGAAGAAUCGGCCAUGGCCGUCGAACGCGUGGUUCGAGCAGUGAAGCCAGACAACGUAGUUGUCGAGCUCUGCAGAAGCAGAGUUCAUUUCCAGAGCUGGGAUCAUGUAUGCUUCUGCUGAUGGCGAGCUUGGCAAACAAUUACGUUCAAAUAUGUUUUCUUUGAGUGGGACUGGGUUUUUUGGCGCUGUUGGACGCAGCAUAAACUUGGGUGGUCAAACUGCCUUAGCAUUACGGUUACUCCUGGCUGCUUUUUCAUCAAAGAUCUCUUCUGAUGUUAACCGCCCUUUUGGUGAUGAGUUCCGUGCUGCUCGAAAAGCAUCUGAAGAAGUUGGUGCACAAAUAGUCUUGGGAGAUCGGCCAAUUGAGAUAACUCUUCAGAGGGCGUGGAGAGCUUUGAAAUGGAGAGAGAAACUAAGUUUAGUGGUCUCUGUUGUUCGUGGAAUAACAUCGUCGUCUAGCAUUUCCUCAAACAAGCUCGAGGAAGAACCAAGUUCAGAUGAUGAAGGUACAUUUCAGCUUUAUGAGCAACUGAGCUUUUCCUAUCCAUCACUAUUGCAGCCUCUUCUACAAGAAAGAGAUACUUACCUUGCAUGGUCAUUGAAGAGGAGCAAAGCGGUGAAUAAGUGUAAAAAGGUGGUGGGUGUCAUAGGAAAGGGGCACAUGAACGGUGUAGUGUAUGCUCUGAUAUCUGAUCAAGGCAAUUUAAGGUUUAGAGAUCUUGUGGGCCAAAACCCUAAUAAUGGAGGCUGGAUCGAAGGUCUUCUCAAGAGCCUAAUCAGGGACACAAUCAUCGGCUUCCUUUUGUGGGCCUUGUAUGAACAGAUAAAUGGAGCAUAAGGCGAACGUAUCUGUUUGACUGUAUAUAUGAUAUCUGUGUCACUCUGUCUGUGUGCGUGUGGCCUCUUUCUUUCUUUCUUUCUUUUUCUGUUUUUUUUUUUUUGGGGUUCUUUUCAUCACAGAGCUCAUCAAGGUUCAAGUGUAAGUUAUGAAAAAUAUAAAUUAUCUUUUGGCUGUUGAUUAUUAAUUUUUAAAUUAUUGAAUAAUAA